AUGGCCACAAGCCCAGCCCAAGAAAAUGCGCCAGUGUUGGCACCCGAUGUGGGCGAUCCCCAAGACGGCGAUUCCACGCUGGGGGAUGAACAGUCCUUCCUAUCGAGUGACUCCCUCGCGAGUAGCAUCCUGCGGUAUCGCGAGAUCAAUGGGCGGACGUACCACAACUUGCGCGGUCCAGGAAACUAUUACGGUGCAAACGACGAGAAGCAGAAAAACACGAUUGAUCUCCAACACCACGUUCUCACACUCGCCCUGGAAGGGAAGCUUCAUCUGGCGCCGCUGCCGGAUACAGUAGGGAAAGUUGUCGACGUCGGCACCGGAACGGGAAUUUGGGCAAUCGAUUUCGGCGAUGCGCAUCCCGAGGCAACAGUCACCGGAUUUGACCUCUCGCCAAUACAGCCUAGCCUGGUCGAUGACUUUCUUCUCGACUGGACCUUUGAGGAAAACUCACUCGACUUUGUCUACAUGCGCUGGCUCGUUGGUUGCGUGCCUGACUGGGCCGAGCUUUGCAAGAAUGCAUACCGCUGUCUGAAGCCAGGUGGCUGGAUCGAGUCGUUUGACUCCAACGGCUACUACCUGUCGGAUGACGGAUCGGUCAAAGAGGGAACGGCCAUUUUCCAGUACGGCGAGUUCUUCCGCUUGGGCGCCGAGAAGAUAGGCCUGAAGGCAUCUUUCCACGUCGUCCGGGAUGAACUGCAGCGAAAGGGCAUGGAAGCAGCAGGAUUUGUCAACAUCCACGAAAAGAAUAUCAAGGUGCCUGGCUCCGAGUGGCCGCGUGAUCCGAAGCAGAAGGAAAUCGGCAUGUUUGCCCAGGCGGCAGUGGACGAUAUCGAGGGCCUGGUCAGCCUCAUGGCGACCGAGUUAGGAUGGACCCCGGCCGAGAUCACCGUCAUGGCCGCGAAGAUGCGCCGAGAGCUACGCGACCCAAACAUACACCCACACUACGUCUCGAAAGCAGUCUGGGCCCAGAAGCCGGUCGUUUAG